CCGAACUUGGAUUGUAGAAGUUGACAUCACCACGGCCUUGCGACUGCCUCAGAAGGUUAUGCUAGGAAUUCUUUCAGAAGAAAUGGCUUGUAGAAAUGUUUAGACCGUAGUUCGAACAACCAAAAGUGUUGGAUAUGCUCUUACGUUUGUGCGGAGAGGAAAUAAAGCAACAGACGCGCUUUGUAUCAUUACGUGUGCCGACAAUAGAAGCUCACAACGUUGGAUAUGUGGUUUUAACAGCGCGAGUCGAUAGCUCCGAACACCCUGCCAGCCGCCACCGUGCGAGGGUCGCAACACGAAGUUCGGAUGCCGGCGAACUUCGCUUGUUGGCGCUUGCGAUGUGGCGAGCUGCGCAAGGAGUUUGUCGGCGUCAUCAUGAUGAUGACGCCGACAAACUCCUUGCGCAACACGCCACAUCGCAAGCGCCAACAAGCGAAGUUUGCCGGGAUCCGAACUUCGUGUUGCGACCCUCGCACGGUGGCGGCUGGCAAGGUGUUCGGAGCUAUCGACUCGUGCGGGCAAGUGGGGGCGCCGUUGCAACUGCAAGCCCGAACUACAACAUGAUUGUUGGUGUGUUGUCAUACAGUAUGUCUUCUUCCAAGGGCGAGGUGGAGCCAACAGGGACCUCCGGGAAGGAAUCACGAAAAGAUUCCACGAGGCGGUCGUCUACUGCCACACAGGGGUGGUCGAACCAUUCGAGGUCGAAAUGGUUCAUCAACUGGUGUUGUGGAGACGCUUCCAACCCCACUGCGCAGCCAUGUGGUCCUGUCAUCUUCAUCGAUGACAGCAGAAGGCGUAGAGUGGUUGGUGCUGUCUUGCGGUGGGAGGACGCAAAGGGGGGACGGCGACAUUUCUAUAUGCAGAAAGUUUAUGGCGCCAAGGGCAACGUCGUUGCCAAUUCGAAAGGGACGUUGUUGGACCUCGAAUUGUGUGAGGGGUUCAAAGCGGGUGCUGUGAACACCCCGUUCUACAGAGAACUCGUUCUCGGGGGCGGUUUUGUUUUGGUGCGUGAAUUUUUCGACAUGUUGGAGUACAAAAACAUCGCUCUAGACGUCCCCUGCGACGUCAACCCAUCCCUGGAGUUGUCGUUGCCGUUGAAGCUGUGCAGCGGUUGCGAGUCAAACGGGGCAGCGGCGGAGGGCGGUGAUCUGGGUUCUGGUCCCGCCACUCAGCUGCACCAUGGCGAGAGCCGAGGUCUGUUCGACGACAACGAGGAUGAGGGGACUGCUCUGCCGUUGAGUGUCACGCGACGGUCUGUGUUGUUCAUUCCUGGGGUUCAUACUGAUGCUCCAGUUGAGCGGAAGAGUACGGGGCCUGCAGUACAGGUGGCGGCCUAUUCGGAGGUCGACUUGGAGGCGAGCGAGGGACAGGGUGUGGAGGAGGUGGACGCGGGAGGCCUGGGCUCGCAAGGAGCUCCUCAAAAGAGGAGGGGGGAUCGUCCAGACGAGUUCGCCGGUUCUACGAAGAAGUUAAAGAGCAAGGCCCCCAGGACUGCGGGGGAGAAACGCAAGGGGACCGAGGGGGAGCAGGGCCGGCAGGUUGCCAAACGACCUUUUUCGAUACAGAAGCAGCCUGAGUCUGGACCGUCUUCUCCACCGACAACAGGGACUCACAUCGACGUCGACGCCGGGUACUUCCUCGAGUACAAAGACGGCGUUCGGACAAAGCGGGAGUUUGACAUUAGCCCUGCGCAGGUCUGGAUCAUGCGGAAGAAGAAAGUCAAAAACGUGAAGCCUGGGGUUGCAUACAUCCAUAAUGCCAAGCUGGGCAGGAAGGAGGUCGUGUACAACGUCCCUGUGGACCCGCCGACAAAGAAAGGCAAAAAGAAGAUAGAGGAGGGCGAGUGGUUUGUGCAAGUGCCAGAGCCGGACGCGCAUUGUUGGAAAACGAUGGAGUCGCUGACAGACAACGAGAAGUGCCACGUCCUGAAGAAGGUGCUCACCUGCGAGGUGGUUUGGGUACAGGCCAGCUCCCCAGCGUUGGCGAAGCUCGGAAAGCUAAGCGUCCAGGAGGUGGUGAAUUUGGUGAAGUGCGACCGGGUGCUGGUGCGUCUGUGGAACUACUACCAGUUCAAGCACGACAAAAGGUCGAACGCGGAUUGGAGCCAGAGGUUCCCGUUCCUGAAAUCAAGGUCCGCAAUUUUCAGACAGUUUGAGAGUCGUGGUUUGGAUGUUGAGUUGUGGGACGGGAGCACGAAAUACGUCACUGACUCCUCGCUGUUCAAGGACUGUCCGCCCUACAUGGGCUGCGACGACGACAAAUCGAUCGAGGCGACGGAGAAGCUGGCCGGUCGCAAGAAGUUGUCCGUCGACUGGAGGAAUAAGGUCCUGUCCGUGUUGACUGGCAGUAGAUUGAAGAGUCGAGAGAUCGCGUUCACCGAAGGCAUUGUGCACAUAAAAUGGAAUGACACGGGCGACGUGACAUCCAUCGCGCCAUUCAGCAACGACCCCUUGGAGGCAGACAUAAGGAGUGCGGGGGUGAAGGAGGCAGUGGUUGCCACAAAGAGUCACACGUUCGUCCUGGAUCUGUGCGAACCGGUGGACCUGAAGCUUUGGAAACCGCAAGCGUUCGACACUCUUAAUUCCCAACUCCAGACGUGGUGUCCGUCGCAUUGGACGCUCCUUGUUUUUAUCCCGCGGCAGCAGAACCUCUCCUUUCUGGCCAGCAUGAACCAUCUUUCUUUCGUCAAGCUGCUGGAAGGGAAGUGGGUGAGGAGGAGUCAACAGAAGAAAAGCUUCCCCGUCGGGAACAAUUUGUACACGGAAGACGACCGGAUGUACAUACUCUUCAAAGGCGAUGAUUUGCGGGCCAACACGUUCGUCGUCUACGAGGGGAAACUGCCGGCAGGCGCCGCUACUGCAGUGCGGGUACCACAGAAGGUUACGCAAACGGAUGUGUCCGACAUCCCAUUCAACGCUUGCGUGUACGGGGACAUGGACCGCAACCCCGCCCAAUUCGUUCAGCUUCUCGAAUCCAUCACCAAGAAGGGGGAGGGUGUCGUCUUCCUCGGGAGGCCACACGCGCGGUCAGUCUGGGAAGUACUGAAGGCAGGACGGCACGUCAUCAUGAUGGAAGGGAACGCCGAGCUCUUGCAAUUUACAAUUGAUCUCGUCAAAAGUGAGGUCAAUUCGGGUGCCCACAAUUGCGAGUUCAUGGUCGUCACCGAGACUCGGGCUCGCGCGUGGAACAACAAGACGGACAUGUGGUUCAAGUUGAGUGCGAGGAAGCGGAACAAGAUAUACGACUUCUUGUUCCUGCAAACGAGGCCGAAGAGAGACACCGACGCCGAGUACGUGCACCGCAAGGACCACAUGUUCAUGUUGCUCGACAACUACCACGGCGCCUCCCGCAUGAACGCGAAGACCUUCCUCGAGAGGUUGCAGUCCCUUUACUUCGUGGAGUCAAAGGAGGAGCUGACGUUCGGCAGUUACUCCUCCUUGAUCUCCACGGAAGACGAGGAGACCACCGACAUCGAGUUCGACGCGACAGCGGACGAGGAGGGCAGCGACACCGAAAGCCUCGACCUGCAGUACGACCAACAUUCCGCGCAGCACGGUACAGGGUCGUCCUUGGCAGGUCCGUCGACAAGCCCAACGUCCCUCGUGUCGCCGAUGGUGAAACCAGCGCCUGGCACUACCCCGAUGAAGUUGCUGCAGAGAAUGCAAGCUCUGGCCUCCGGCCAUCGCUCACUGCGUCUCGGGUCAGACAUCCCGCCCGAUCAUCUGUCUUGGACGAACAUUCACUUCCUGCCUGAGCCUCAAAGUCGUUCCACGGAGGCGGACUGGGGCCAUGACAUGAUUUGGCAUCCAGGAGUCAUCCAGCCGGCGAUCGAAAAGGGUGAGUGGAUCGUGGCGGUCGCUGUCCCAGACGGAGGAUGGAUGCCACUCCCUCGCGGGUCGAAGUCUGACUUCCUCGACGUCGCUAGAAUUGCGGUCCUCCAGAAAGUGAAGGCCAAGAAUGGCUCUUUCGAGCCCGAAGACGUGUCCGUCAUUUCCACAGUCGGGCGAUUGUUCGCCGAACUUCAGAACAAGUGCUGGUUGGAGUUGACAGAGGACUACUACGACCUUGACACGAGCCCCUCGAAAGGAAGGGUGGACUGGAAAAUCCCCCCUCCCAGUGGGACGCAUGUAAGUACAGGGUCCCGGGGACCGGAAGGUGGGGAGAACGAGGGCGACGAGGCUGGGGGCGGCAAACGAGUCCCGGGGCGACAACAAGACGGCGACGAGGGUGAGGGCGGGUCUCAGGGCGACACCAUGACAGCGGAAGGCAGCGGGGGGGUGGCGGGGGAGGCCCUCGGGCGUCAGCAGUCUACCAGUCCCGGUCCGGAAUGCUCGGCACAGUCGGAGGACGUGCCCAAUUCAUCCGCCUGCUCGGUGAUGGCGGCCUUGGUUGCUCUCCGUGCUGGCUCGGUCGAAACGUUCAAGUCCGUCGGGAUCCGAACUUCAAUGCUUGCAGAGCGGACAGAGAGGACGGACGCGCAGAGCUGGUCUGGACCGGGGGUGGCGAAUCGUCAUCCCAAAAUAGACAGCGGUGAGGGACGGGACUUCGCCGCCUGCGGGGGAUCACCAACCGCUUCGGUCGGAGCGAGAGGGGAGACAGCGAAGUUCGCCGGGAUCCGAACUUCUUCAGGCAAGGCGUGUGGAGGGCCCAGCGACAGGGAGUCGACGAAGUUCGCCGGGAUCCGAAUAUCUUCAGGCAAGGGGGGCCAACCAGGGAUAUUGGUGCAGGCGGGAGGGGCUGCGUGCGGCGGGCGGGAAGCGCAUUCAUCGGGAAUCGACACGGGUUCGGGCGAAGUGGCUACAUUGCAUGCAGCGGAAGAAGGCAGGGUGAUGGACAAAGAGAAGGAAGUGGAGGAAGGAGACACAGGGGAGGAAAUGGAGGAAGGAAGGAAUGAAGGGGAGGAAGAAGAGGAUGAAGGAAAGGAAGGGGAAGAAACGGAGUUGGCUGGGUUGCUAGGAGGGCAGGAGGGGGGAAAAGGUGAACUCGAUACAGGAGACGACGAACGGACUUUCGGCGAUGACGAUGACAGAUCUGGGGAGUCUUCUGACGGAUUCGGGCAGCUGUACGGAGAACACCGCGAGGAAGACGAGGACGACGAUGACACGGCACUGGGUAUGGAGACACAGGUGGUCACAAGCCUUUCGUCAGAAUGUGAUGACUAUGAGGUCCAAGCAAUGACGUCUGCCGUCGAUCUCCAACACCGGUUCAACGAAGCUCGUGUAGCAGUCAGCCUGACUAAACCGAGUGUGCGUAGUGACAUCGAAGAAGUUAUCGACGACAUCCUGGGCGACCACCAAAUAUCCACGCAGCCGUCCUCAACGCCUGGUGUCGAGGACCCUCUCGACGUCAAGCCUUCCGGGGGAUCUGUCGUCGAUUUCUCGCCGACGAUCUCUCCGAUGCUGCCGCCGACCAUCGCCGGCGGAGGAGAAGGCGGGAUCGGGGAACGACAAGAUGUCACAUCCCCAAAAAAAACUACCGCCGGCACUCGAGCUCUCGACAUGCUGGCCUUGCCCGCGCCAACUUCGCCGAUUCAGGAGCGGAGAGACAAACCAGCUGGUAAGCAGUGACAAACGCCACUAUGUCUGCGCGCUAGUGACCGCAGUGUCUGUCAAUGCGCACGAGACAA